AUGUACAAUCCUUAUGCCCUGGCUGUAGACGAGUCGUUGGGCCAGCAAAAUUUGCACCAUCCACGCCCUCAGCACUACGCGGCGGAGUUCCAAGGAAACACCCCCAACUUCCAGCCGCCCGGCCAGGCGGCGCCGGGCGGCGCGUACGGCGACUUUUUCCUGGACCCGGCCGCGUCGAUGGCCGCGCAGUUUGCCAAGUCCAGCUUCGGGCUGCUGAACGGCUAUCUCCAGCAGAACUUCGGCUCGUACAUGCCCGUGGCCGGCGAGCUCAAGUACUACUUCAAGGUCAGCAACGCGUACGUGUGGCGCAAGCUUGCGCUCAUUCUUUUCCCCUACCGGCACCGGGACUGGACGCGGAUCCGGUCCGUGGAGAGCGGCGGUGCGGCCAGCAGCGGGCCCUGUUUUGCGCCCGCGUGCGAGGACGUCAACGCGCCCGACUUGUACAUUCCGUUGAUGGCGCUUGUCAGCUACGUGCUUCUCUGGGCGCUGUUCUCGGGGUUGCGCGGCGACUUCCACCCGGAGGUGUUUGGCUUCGUGGCCUCGCAGACGCUUGCGUGCUCGUUCGUGGACAUCUUAAUCUUCCGUGUCGGGUUGUACUUGUUGAACUGCUCUGCCCAGACGUCGUUCUGGGACCUCAUCAGCUUCAGCGGCUACAAGUACGUGACCAUCAUUGCGUUGUUGUGCUGGAAGCAGGUCGCGGGCAGCUCGUGGCUCAUGUACUACGGCGUGUUGCUUGCGGCCGUGGGCAGCUUGUCGUUGUUCUUGAUGCGCUCGCUCAAGUUCCUCAUCUUGCCGCAUGGCCUGGGCGAGAACCCGGCCGCGUCCAUCUCCAACGGCCAGCGGAGGCUCCGCGUCCAGUUCUUGUUCAUCUACUCGGUGGUCGUGCAGUUCUUGAUUGUGCUUUUCAUGUGCCGAUACUAG